AUGCAAGGCCAUGGAGGCUAUGACUCUGAUUUUAGUGAUGAUGAACACUGUGGAGAACCCAGGAAGAGGAAAAAAAGGACGGUUGAAGAUGACUUAUUGCUCAAAAAGCCGUUUCAGAAAGAAAAACACGGGAAAGUGGCGCAUAAACAAGUGGCAGCAGAGCUGCUGGACAGGGAAGAAGCAAGAAAUAGAAGGUUUCAUCUCAUAGCUAUGGAUGCUUAUCAAAGGCAUACAAAGUUUAUAAAUGAUUAUAUUUUGUACUAUGGUGGCAAAAAGGAAGACUUCAAGCGUUUGGGGGAAAAUGACAAAACAGACUUGGAUGUUAUACGAGAAAAUCAUAAAUUCCUGUGGAAUGAGGAGGAUGAAAUGGACAUGACUUGGGAGAAGAGACUUGCAAAGAAAUACUAUGAUAAAUUAUUCAAAGAAUACUGCAUCGCAGAUCUCAGUAGAUACAAAGAAAAUAAGUUUGGAUUUAGAUGGCGAAUAGAAAAAGAAGUCAUUUCAGGAAAAGGUCAAUUUUUCUGUGGAAAUAAAUGUUGUGAAGUAAAAGAAGGCUUAAAGAGUUGGGAAGUUAAUUUUGGUUAUAUUGAACAUGGUGAAAAGAGAAAUGCUCUUGUUAAAUUAAGAUUAUGCCAAGAAUGUUCUGUUAAAUUAAAUUUUCACCACAGGAAAAAAGAAGUCAAGUUAAAAAACAGAAAGGAUAAAACCAGAAAAGAUUAUGAACAGUCAUCUCAUAAAAAAUCCAGAUUACCUUCUGAAGAAGAAACUUCAAAAAAAAAGGAUAAAGGGCAUUCUUCCUCCAAGAUGUCAGGGGACUCUAUCAAUAAAAAUUCUGAUGAAGAAGAAAGUGCUUCAGAAUCUGAACUUUGGAAGGGUCCGCUCCCAGAGACAGAUGAAAAAUCUCAGGAAGAAGAAUUUGAUGAAUAUUUUCAGGAUUUGUUUUUGUAA